GUCGACCAUACCAAAUUCCAAGCACAGGAAAAAUGGCAAGAGGGGAGCGAACAUGUUGUCAGUCAUUCCUGGCCGUCCUCCUCAAAUUCUUGAAUUAUUUGCAGACAUUCCUGGGAGUCUCCAUAAUUAUAUACGCAUCCCUCAUGCUUAAUCAUUGGUACCAUCAUCACACUUCUGUCCCCUCAACCCCUCCUCCUCCUCCUCAUUCUUCUCAUCCAGGUUUAUCUCCAUCCCACUUCUCCUACAAUCUCCACAAUCUCGAUCUUCAUUUUCCUGCCGACGUCGUUUUGGAUGCGGGUCUCCUCAAUGGGCUUCAAUUCAAUUCUAACUCCCUUCCCAAACCCUGGUUCAUAUAUGCAUUUCUGGGAGUGGGUAUUCUGAUGUGUUGUAUUACUUGCAUCGGUCACAUUGCAGCUGAAGCUAUUAAUGGUUGUUGCCUUUGCUUUUAUGCUAUAUUAAGCACAUUCUUCAUCCUCUUGGAAGUCAGUUUGGUGACAUUCAUUGCAAUUGAUCGCCAAUGGGAGACGGAUCUUCCAGUUGAUUCAACUGGAGAACUUGAUCAUUUGCGCACCUUUCUUGAAGAAAAUAGAGAUGUUUUCGAGUGGGUUGGCAUUGCGGUUGUCAUAAUUCAGGUGAUGUCCUUACUGCUGUCGCUAAUCCUCAGAGCCUUGGUAAAUCAGAAAGAAGACCUCGACAAUGAGAGAGUUUAUGACAUUAGAGAAAGACCUUGGGAGCCACUACUGCAUCCACAUCUCAGCCAAGCAUCUGGUUCGAUCAGGAGUGAUGGUAGAGGGAGCCACUCCGACAUUUGGAGCUCACGCAUGAGAGAAAAGUAUGGGUUGAAUGGUGGUGAUGAUAAGCAGAAUAUAGUGGAUCAAAAUUCUUCUGUAGAGCAGAAUCCUAGGAACUGAAGAUCGGAAUGGCAAUCAAUCCCAUGACUUACGGGAGAAAGUAGCCAUUGUCUCGUGUAUAUCUUCCGAUGAUUGGCUUCGUAAUUCUUUAUUCUUUCCAUUCUCAAUUGCAAUGUACAGAAUUUCUCAAAAGCUUUCUUGUUCCACACUACUUGAGGUAUAGGGUAAGAUGUGAAUGACUUUGUAAUAAAGGAAUGAAAUGUUUGGCUUGUUGUUGAGUGAUAAAACUCUUUCUGGCUCGUGUGAUCAAAUGUUAA